AUGGAGCCUGCCUACACCGUCUCUGGCACCCACCAAAUGUUUUUAGUGUUAACAAGUGGGCCGGGCCCAAAUUCCCGCUACAGUAGCAUAAGCCAGAAAAGGGAAUACAAGACAGCUGUGAGAAGAAGCACCAAGAGACUAAGCAUUCCUCUGCUGCCUAAGGUUGCCAUCCUCCAGUUGAAGCGGCUCCGGUCUGAAGAGAGCCUGGGUCCCUUUAACGCCGCCAUUGCUAUCGACGCUGAAGGCCAGCCCCACCCCUUGAAGAACGACUCCAUCUGUGGGGUUUGGGUAGCCCCAAAUCGCGAUGGCUCCAUGGUGGUGAAGGUGGCUGUUGCAGGGUGCUAUGUGGAAGCUCACGAUGGAAACUACCAAGCAGUGAUCCAGAUUGAAGGUCUAAGAGCCAAUGGACAGAAGACCUCCUAUAAACAAGUGCUGAAAUGCCCAGAGACCUUUCAAGCACUGGAUUCUCCUGGCCCCAGUCUGUGUUCAUCCGUCCAAGCCCCGGACAGAGUCCCAUGCUCAACCUAUCAGGUCAGCCAGGGGGAAUGCGAGGACCUGGGAUGCUGCUACAACUCCAGAGACAGGGUGGCUCCUUGUUACUAUGGCGACAAAGUUACAGCCCACUGCACCCCAGAAGGACAGUUCUCCAUUGCCAUCUCCAGGGACGCAACCCGUCCGCCUCUCGUCUUGGAUUCUGUGCGCUUGCUGAGCAGCCGAGGGAGAGAGUGUGCCCCUGUAUCCAAGACCAACACCUUUAUCCUUUUCCAGUUUCCACUUUCUGCUUGUGGGACAACGUUGAAGGCAACCGGGAGCCAGCGGGUCUAUGAAAACGAGCUGUUGGCGGACAGGCGUGUCCUCGUGUCCCAGUCUGGCUCCAUCACCCGGGACAGCAACUUCAGAGUCACCAUCCGUUGCAGCUACUCCGCCGAAGCCGCCUUGCCAGUCAGCGUCUUGGUUGCCACUCUGGCGCCCCCUGCUGCCGUUGUCGAACAAGGACCGCUCACCUUGGAGAUGAGACUGGCACGGGAUGUGGAGUACUCCUCCUAUUACGCUGACCUGGAUUACCCUGUGGUGAAGGUUCUCCGUGACCCGGUUCCUGUUGAAGUCCGCAUCCUCGGGAGGAUGGACCCGGCAUUGGUUCUGGUCCUGCAUGAAUGCUGGGCCACACCAAGUUCCAACCCCCUGCAGAAACCAGAAUGGCCACUUCUGGAGAAUGGAUGCCCCUAUAAAGGAGACAACUACCAAACCCAGGUGGUGCCCAUCAGGGGAGACUCGGGGCUGCCGUUCCCCUCCCACCACCAGCGCUUCAUCGUCAGCACUUUCACUUUUGUGGAGACGGCUUCCCAGAGGAUGCUCACUGGGCCGGUGUAUUUCCACUGCAGUGCCUCGGCCUGUGUACCUUCAAGGCAGGAGAGAUGUAUCGUCCGUUGUGAGGUGACCGCUCCGGGAAGAAGACAAAGAACAGCAGAGGAACAUCCAGAAGAAAAGCUGGUCUUGGUGACCUUGAAUGGGCCUGUGAACUUUUCCAGCCCCCAAGAGGCAGAAAUGCUACCUCACCAAGGACUUCAGAGGUUCUCCCAAGACAGCUCGGUUCAGUAG